GUUUUAGGACAAACAGUUGUCAGUAAAAAUUACAUACGCACGAACGGAAGGUAACAGUAACAGAUUUGUAUCUUCUCUGUCUCCAGCUAAUUAAAAUAAAACUAUGUUGAGAUAAGAGAUAAAUUCUUCGUGGGGAAUACAAGCUUAAAUUUUAAUAAUCAGGCUAAAAAUCAAAUAGGCGUAUUUAAUUGAUUUACUCAAUCAAUCUGUGUUCAAUACAUUAAUUCAAUACUCUUAGUCUUAAUACUUAAUAAUAAUACAACAUUGAACAUUGUACAACAUCCAAUAAAAAAAGGCCUAUGCCUAUUACUAUGACUAUGAAUAGAAUACACAAAGUAAAUAAUAACUUUCGCUUCAUUCCAAACCCAAGAUUUAAAAUUAGUAUUACUUAGAGUAGAGUAUUAGUAUUAGUAUAAGAAACUAUGAAUAUGAAAAUUUACUAACAUACAAAAUUUGACAAAAAGAUGAAGAAUGAGUAGGCUAAUCCUAGUCCUAGUAUCCUAGACUUGGAGGUAGUAAAGUAGGCCUAUACUUUACUAUUGUCCAUUGUCAAUUGUGAUUCUAUGAUGAUUUUUUAAAUAAAAAUAAACUUUAUUAUUAUUAUAAUUAUAACUAACAUUUUUCGAAGUGGAUGCGUACACCGCGGCGGUGUAUUUAGCGAAACCAUCAGCUUUGGCCUGCGUAAACCGCGGCGGUGUACCCAGCGAAAUCGUGGGCUUUUGCCUGGGUACACAUCGGCAAAAAAGUACCAUUGGCCUGGUUUUAAGAUAUGCUUGUUAGAGAAGAUCUUGUGUGGUCAAGUGGUAGAGUGGACGCUAGGCGAUAUUAUAUCUUGUGAUCGAUUCCCAGUAGGGAUCGAGUUUUUUCUUCCCAUUUUAAUUUAAAAUAUUGUUAUAUUUAAAUUAUCAUGUUCAUUUGCAACAGUAGUUUCAUGAGAAGUUUUUAAAUAUUUUUUAGCAAUUUAAACAAUUUAAAUAUAUGUUAUAUUCAGAUUAUUAAGUGUCUCAACAAGUUUUGCCGGCCUUUGACUUUGAAAAUACGGGUAAUUUUAGCAAUAAGACAUUAGAAAACAAACUGAAAGUUUCUGAAAGCGCAUGUAUAGUGUAUGUAACAUGUAUAAGAGAAACAUUUUGAAUACUAAGUGAUAUUCUAUUGUUUUUCAACAUUCUUCGUAUAGUUGAAUAAUUACCUGUUACUUUUACGAACACCCAAAGAAAAUACCAGUACCGGUAUAUCAAUAAUAUCAUAUGAAUAUUAAUGUCAUUAAUGUGCAUGGUCGUAUUUCAACCAUCUUGCUUUCACUAUGCAUUGGCAAAAUGUACACACGAUAUCAACGGUUCAUUCACAACCCUCAGUCUCACAGCAAAUCUUUUGAAAACACCUCGAUUUUAGAAACUUAUGGAGCGAUAGCAAACUGUAUAGCAAAGCCAUAGGUCUGCAUUUACCCUUUUCAUAACGGAAUUUGUUUCCAGAACGACAUGGCAUGUGCUAAUCUUAGGGUAAAACACACAGAAACCAUUGCACAAUGCGCUUGGGACAGGAUUUGCGCUAUGUCAAAGUUUUUUAUUUAAUUUUUUUUUUUGGUUAAAAAAUCGAUCCUUGCCGUGGAUUGGAGGUGAGUUAUGGGCAGAGGCUUAACCAAAAGGGGGGGCCUACACAAAUCACGGCUCUGGAUAGGGGUUGUCCACAAAGGACGUCCGCACAACAAACUUACCUUUUGCACCCCCCUUUCUCCCUUUCCGCCGGUAUUUUUUUUUACUAAUGUGAAAUGCCAAUGUAAAACUAAAUCAAUGAUAUUUAAUUAUUGUUAAAAGACUUUUAAAAAUCACUGUAGUGUUUCGUAUUUAUCAUCAUACCGUUGUUUUGUGUUGACACACGCUUGGUAUCACAAUGACAAUGUCCCGGACAACUUCAUGAUCAAUGUAUGAGUAUGUGAUUCUCUUCCCGUAGUGUAUUUGUGGCGUAAUUAUAUCUUGGUGAUAACAAAAUAGAUACACUGGCUUCUCAUUCCUUUUUUUCACAACGCCCCGAGGGAUAAAAUAAAAUGUUAUAAUUAUAAUGCCCCCCCCCCCCCCAUUAAAAACAACCGGGGGGGGGGAAAAAAAAUUUCAAAUUAGCUCCCCUUUUUUUGCCUUUUAAAAAAAAAAAAAUUUUAAAUAUAAAGCCCCCCCCCCCCCCCAAUUAAAAAAAACCGGGGGGGGGGGGGGGGGUAAAAUAAUUUCAAAUUAGCUACCCUUUUUAUGCCUAUUAAGAUUCACAAUCAUAGGAUAAAACUUACAAUAAUUAAUAUAUUUGUAUUUCAAUAUUUGGGGGGAGGGGCGGGGAGUAAAGUGGUUAACUUUAAAAAUAAAUCAUGGUUUAACAUAACACCUCCAGCCCCCUCCCUUCCAAUAAAUAAUAAGAAACGCUUUACAACUACUUUGCCACAUAAGCGUGGAACUUACUCAAUAUCUUCCUCCCAAGGUACAAAACGAAUUUUAAAUAAAUCGUUUUCAGUUUUAACAAGAGUAUAACAUUCAAUCUACAAGUACCGGUUAAGCCAAAAAGUUAAAGACUCGCAAAGAUCAUGGUUUUGCUAAUUUAAAUCGCUGCGGUGUAUGCAGGCCACAGACCAUGAUUUAGCUAGGUACACCGCCGCGGUGUACGCAGGCCAAAGUCAAUAUUUUCGCUAGGUACACCGCCGCGGUGUACCUAGUGCCGGUGAAAAUUUUUUGAGACCCGAGUAGAUUAUGCCCUAUGCCAUGCCUAUAUAAUUAUAAAUAAAGCGAGCGCUACAAAAAGUCUAUAUCUGGUAGACUGAACACAACAUCGCAGAAAAUGAUAUAUUUAUCAUUUAGCAAAUCCAUCAAAUGCCAUGACUCAUGAAUCUAUGUUGGUUAUAACCCUACCUAAUGCACUAUAGUUUGUGUGCUAAGCUACUAACCUAAAUUGGCUACACCAAAUAUUUACUGUUUGUUUUUGUAAAAGUAGCCAAGUUACUCACACAAUAAGCAUUAACAGCAACAGUUUCUAAAAAAUACAUACUUUUUAAAUUUUAAUAGUAGUUUUAAAAACUGUGGGCUUAAUUAAAUGAGUAAAUAGCAAAAAAUUAGGAAAGUUUCUAGUUAGGCUAAAAAUUACAUCCCAAUGUCAAAAUUGAUUAAAAGAGUAAAGGUUUCUGUUUUUGACAAUUGACAAUUUGGGCAUUGGGUCUAAUUAAAUAUUUUACAAUUAUAUCUAAUAAAUUGAAUUAAAAAUAUCACUUUUCAAAUUCAUAAUGUAAAUAUUAUUUUUUAAAUAUACGAAAGGAAGAUUAAAUAAAAGACAAAUAUUGAUUGGUACUUGAAACCCAAAUAAUUUGCAAACAAACUUAUUCCCUACCACUAGGCUACAUAAAUUUGUAUAAAUGGACAUUAAGGGAACAAUAUAUUCACAUUAGCCACUAUCUGUUAUCUGGAAACAUGGUCAAGAUUUCAACUGUGGCUAAUGCACCCAUUGGUCCAAUGAUAAGCUAUGUUAAUCAAUGCAGUAUAUGCGAAUUUUGAUAUAAUAGGCUUACAGCUAAAGUAAACAUACCUACUUUCAUUAUAUAAUAUGGUAUUGCUGUAGGGUGGUAAGGAUUUAUUCUUUUUUCACUUCAAGUUUUAAUUUAAGACAGUUAAAUUUAUGAAGUGGUUAACAUAUUCAAAUUAAGAAAGUCAUAUAAUUUUUUGUUUAUUUAGGACAGGUAAGUCCUUUAACAUUAUAAAAUUAUGAUGGACUAUUUCAAGUUGUGGUUUAAAUUUGCUCUGAUGAUCAGAUAUGGAAAUAUUCUCAGAUGUGCAUAUGGUAGAAAAAAAACCAUAACAUGCAAUUCUGUUUUCUUUAAAGUACAUGUAAAAUUAAUAGUUAAUAGUUACAAUGAUGACAGAAAAGUACCAAGAAUUUCAAAACUGAAAGCCCAAUAAUACUCUAGCACCUUCAUAUGGUAUCAAUAGAGAAACAAAUUAAAGUUAACUUGAAGUAUUAUACAUAACAUAAAUGAUUAGUAAGUAGAAAGUCUUGGGAAAAGAAUGGUUACACAAAUUUCUCUUUUACCUGUAAAAUAACCUUGAUAUGGUUUCAAUAGAGAAAGGAAUUAAAGUAUUAUUAUGCAUAACUUAAAUGAUUAGUACCAAGUCUUGUAAAAGAAUGGUUACAAAAAUUUCCCACUAACCUGUAAAAUACUUUUAUUCAUAUAUGCCAUGCAUUAUUAUUCUUCAAAAAAUAUUUCAAACAUAUUCUUUCAUGAUUGCAUAAUUUUGCCUUUAAAAUUAUAAUUUUUUUGAAAUUUCAUCUUUUAAAUUUUCUUUAGGUUAAUUGAUAUAAAGGAUAAAAUGGAUGAAAAUCCGGAUGAUCAAGCAGCUCCACCUGGGCCCCACCCUACUGGAAGAGAUGAGUCAACCUCUGAAUUAGUUUCCCAAGCUGCAGAUGCUAGUGUCUUAUCCAGAACUGUUCAUGAUGAAAAAAGUACUUCAGAGGAGCAAAAUCUAAAUGCUAGUGCAGAUGCAAAAUCUAGUCUAACUCUUUUUCAAACUCAGCCUCUUGAAGCCCUAGAGCCAAACACUGGCUUAGAUCAAGCUGACCUAACAAAGACAUCAGCCAUAAGUCAUGAGACAAAACUAAACAAAUUGGAGAAUGACUCGCCCAGUGAACAGGUUCACCUAAACCUUGAAGAAAAAAAACACCAACACCCAGAAGCUAUUGAAGUCAUGCCUGCUCCUAGUAGCACACUUGCUGAAGAGCAGGUGUCAGGUCCAGACAAAAAAUCAAGCUCAGCUUCCAGUCCCAACUCUGGUUCAACAUCUGGCCUAGACAGUGGCGUUAGUCCAGAUGACUCAAGCCCUGAUACUGCUAAGUCAAAUGUGGAGAUGAAGUCCCAUGCCGAUGAGGUACAGACUGCUGACAAACCAAAAAGUGUAGAGGUUGGGCCCCUUGAAACAGUGGACCAGUCCGAGUCUCCUUGUCACACCCAGCCAAAUUUGUCACCUGAUGCCAACACAUCGGUUUCAGAAACACAGGUAACUGUGUCAGACUUGGAUUCACCUCCUGCUGAAGCUUCAGCAUCUGCCUCAAAUGUGGAUCAGGAGAGUGUCUACUACAUCAAAUGGAUUACAUUUGGUCAGGCCAAUGUUCCUAUCAUCACACAAAAUGAAAAUGGGCCUUGUCCACUCCUUGCAAUCAUGAAUGUUUUGUUAUUAAAAGGAAAGGUUUGUUCAUAGUUAGAUCCAUUAUAUUUUUACAAUUUGUUCAAUACUUUUUGCAUAUUUUCUCCUUAAUUUAGUACAUCUGAAUUAUGUAACUUUUCUACAUUUAAAAUAAUAAAUAUUUAUAGUGAUUAUUACUGUUUUCCAAAAGGUACUUUAUGCAAUGGUUCUUGACACUAACAAAUAGUUCAUUUAUUCAAUGACAGGUGAAGCUGGCUCCCAUGAUAGAAAUGGUGACAUCUGAGCAGCUGAUGACGUACCUAGGAGACUGUAUAUUUGAAAAUAUGCCACAAGUCAGUACUUUUUUUUUUUUGGUCAUCUUACAGGGCCAGCAUAUGAAUUUGGAAAAAAGCAUAUGAAUGCCUAAUUUAUCUGUGGGGAUUAUGCUCAUAUUCCCUGGAGAUUUUAUAGUGGUUUUGAAUUGGCUUUUCAAAUAAAACUUGCACCCAAGAACAAGUAUAUCAAAGGGGAUUGGUUUUUACAAUAAAAUACAAACGAGUUGGCUUAUCAAUCAAAGUUUGCUUAUUUGGGAUGACAAAAUUUUUUUGCUCUCUGUAAACUGGUUAUAUAGGCUGUAGAAGUCCUAUUUUGAACUGGUGAUUGGCCUUCUCUACUUCUUAGAAAUAAAUUAGGUAAAAUUGAAGCAGAUAAAAAAAAAUUCUGAUGAUGCAUUUGUUAUGAAGAUUUCAAAAUCAAUUGUUGAUAUUGUCACAGUUGCAUAAAUAGAUUUACCAUAGAGUUUAUGCAUCUGUCAAUCUGAUUUUUAGGAAGAAAAAAAAUUCCUUCCAUUUUUCUGUUUAUGGGAAAUUUUACCAUCGACCCCUUCUUAUCUCAUUCCUUACUCUGUUGUAGUAAAGUGAGACCCUGUUUUCAUGUUAAAAUGCUACCCUCUUAGGUCUAAGAUGAAUCAUUAUUUCAGAAUUUGUCUACAACUAGUCAAGCUAACUAUGAACAAAAUAUGCAAGAUGCCAUGAGUGUAAUGUACAAGCUGCAGACUGGUCUGGAUGUCAAUGUCAAGUUUACUGGGUGGGUUUGAGUUUAUAGAGAGCGCAUUAAUGUAUAAAUCACCUCCUAGUCUGUAAUUUUUUUUUUGAAUCACAACUUGUCUUUAAUCUUGUUCAUAUACAUAAUACAUAUACAUUCAUAUACAUACAUUUAUUGAAUAUUGCCGUCAAUUCUUGGAAAACCCUCUACACUUCUGAUAAAAAAUAAUUUCCCUCGCUUAAUUUUAUGUAUUGUUCUUAAUGAUUUUGACAUCCGAUACAAUGAACAAAACUAAAUUUUAGUUUUUCAAUCACAUGCAUUUUCUUCGUAAUGGUAAUAGUUGUUGAAUUCCUUCUAUUUCUAUGUUUAGUGUGGCUGACUUUGAGUACACACCAGAAUUGAUCAUCUUUGAUCUGCUGGAGAUUUCACUGUAUCAUGGCUGGCUGGUUGACCCCCAGGACCCAGACACAGUCCAAGCCGUCAAUCAAGACAGUUACAAUCAGCUGGUUGAGAAGAUUAUCUUACUCAAGCACUCGGACAAGGAAGAGAACAUAACACAAGGUUGCCCUCUUGAGUCAUGUUCUAGUACAUAACAAUCUUUUCAACUUUUCUAUCUGCAUUCGUAUAAAAUCUUGAAUUUUUCUUUUUUAAAUUAAGAAAAAAGAAUGUUUUUAUAAUUAAACUAAAAACUGUCUAUAGUUUUGAAACAUACAACAUACCGACAAAACAAAUUGCCAAAAUGCUACAUUCGUACACUGAAUAAAUAUUGGUGACUACCAAUGUGGAUUCAAACAAAACAGAUCAAUGACUGAUCAGAUUUUCACCAUCAUUUAGUCGUCUAUUAGAGAAAUGUUACAAAUAUGAUAACCCAAUACAUCAACUCUAUUUGGACUAUAAAGUGGCCUAUGACAGCAUCACUAUUUAAAAAAAAAUAUGUUAUGAGAUUCUGCAGGAAUUAAGCAUACCCAACAAACUGACAAGACUGAUACAUAUAAACAACUCAAAAAGUAAAAUCAAUGCUCAGGGAGAAUAUUCAAGGGAAUUUCAGAUUAGACGAGGCCUAAGACAAGGAGACUCACUGUCUUGUAUGCUAUUUAACCUAACAUUAGAGAGUUAUAAGAAGCAUGGAUAUUGAAGUCUGAAAGGAACAAUAACAGAAUACUUUCAGAUGGAAAGACCCAAGCCUAUAAACACUCUCUACAAUCAACCUCUUUAGUAUCUUGCAUAUGCUGAUGACAUAGCACUGUUGGGGAAAAAUGGUAAAGACAAAUCAGAAGCCUUUAUUGCAUUGGAAGAGGCAUCACCACAAGCAGGGCUGGAAGGUGACAACCAAAAAACAAAAUACAUGACUAUUAAUAAGUGUGGGCAUGAAGAAAUUAUGGGAUUACAUGGUGUAGGAGAGGCAAAUGAGAACGGUGAAAGACUGGCAGACUUCUGUGCAGCAAAUGAGCUUGUUAUCGGAGGCAGCAAAUUCCAACAUAAAAACAUCCACAAGAUAACAUGGGUAUCCCCGGAUAACAAAACGCAAAACCAAAUAGAUCACACUUCUAUUAGCAAAAAAUGUAGAAGGUCUCUACAAGAUGUACGAGCAAAAAGAGGAGCUGAUGUUGCAUCAAUCAUCAUCUUGUUUAGGCAAAACUCGCAUUAAAACUGAAGAAAAACUGGGAAAAGCCAGCUGCUAAAUGAACAAAAUUCAACAUAGCACUUCUGGCAAUGAGCUGAAACAAGAGGAAUUCAGUGCUACCUUAAGGAAUAAGUUCCAAGCACUGGAAGACCAACCAGAAGUUGAACAGGUAGAAUAUAAAUGGCAAGAUAUAAAGAUGGCUGUAACAUCCACUUGCCAAGAGGUUGUAGGAUCAGUGAAGGAGAAACACAAAGACUGGCUCUCACCUAACAGGGCGGAGAAAACGAAAGCACAAGAGAAAUAUAAAGAAGCAAAUCAAAGGGUAAAAAACAGCAUCAGAAAGAUAAAAAAAUUCUUACAUAGAUGGCCUACCAUCAACAGCAGAAGAAGCAGCCAGGAAGGGCAAUUUGAAAACGCUUUAUGACAUAACAAGAAAGCUGUCAGGAAGAUACUAAGGACCGGACUUUUGAAGAUAAAGAAGGUAGAUCAAUAAGGGAAAGAAAAAACAACAACAAAAAUGGAUGAAAUACUUAAAGGAACUUUUAAACAGACACAUCAGACAUACAACCAGAAAAUGAGGACUUAUUAAUAGAUGAAAGCAUAAUAAUAAUAAUAAUAAUAAGGUUUAUAUGAAAAUCAAGCUUCAUCCCCAAAGGCUCGAAGCGCGGUACAAAGUCAACCAUAUUAAAAGAGAAAUGAAAAAAUAUAUAUUUUACCACAUUGAAAUACAAAACGCAACAUUACAAAAACUAUAUACGAGAAUACCCAUUUUAAUUUUAAGUCUUUCAUCCCUUGCAACCAUAAACAACACAGGCCAAUAUACACCUAGGAGAUAAUAGCUACCUGGAAAAGAUGUUAGACAAAAAGAAAAUACCAAAUAAGGAAGAAAUAAAUCUGGCCAUCAAGCAGCUCAAAUUAAGGAAAGCAUCAGGACCAGAUAACACCACAGAAGAGAUGAUGAGAGCUGAUAUAGGUACAAUAGUCAACAUGCUGCAUCCUCUGUUUGAAAAGAUCUGGGAAGAAGAGAGAGUUUCAAAAGAUUGAAAAGAUGGAUACCUCAUCAAGAUACCAAAGAAAGGGGAUCUCAGCAAUUGUGCAAAUUACAGAGGAAUUACACUACUGUCUGUACCAAGUAAGGUCUUUAACAUAAUUAUUUUGAAUUGAAUGAAAAACCAGGUCGAUAUACAGCUACGAGACCCACAGGCUGGUUUCCGCUGAAACAGAUCAUGCACAGAUCAAAUAGCAACACUAAGAAUCAUUGUAGAACAGACCAUCAAAUGGAACUCCCUCCUAUACAUAAAUUGUAUAGACUAUGGAAAGGCCUUUGGUAGCCUGGACUGACAUACCUUGUGGAAACUUUGGAGUGCCAUGAAAACUAGUCAAAAUCAUUCAGAGUUCCUAUGAAGAAAUUACAUGCAGGGUGGCACACUAAGGUAGACUCGCAGACAAUCCCUAACAUGGAAUCCACAGGGAAAAAAGAAAGAGAGGAAGUCCAAAGAAUACAUGGACAUGUGAGCUAGAGGCAGACACACAAAGUAUGUGAUACAGCUCGAAGCAACUGGAAAGGAAAGCACUGGACUGUACUGUAAUGAAUGAAAAAUUCUUGUGGACGGCCUGUGCCCCAGAUGGGGUAAAAAACCAUAGAAAGAAGAAGAUAAUAAGAAAACAAGAGACAGAUGAAAAAAUUAAAAUUAGAAACCACACUUUUGAAAAAGUAAAUCAACUUGGGAUCUUUAUUAAAUGAAAGAAAUGAAUUAGUUAUAGAAAUAAAAGAAAGAAUGCCAUCUGGAAACAGGGCAUACUUCAGUAGUCACUAAAUACUCAAAUGUAAAAACGUUACAAGAAAAACAAAGAAAACUAUAUAUAAAUGUAAUCAGAACCAGUCGUAGCAUACACAAGUGAAACUUGGACUCUUAACAAAAAUGUCAGAAAAUCUAUUAAACACAUGGGAAAGUAAAUUUCUUCGCAAAAUUUACGGACCAACAAAGAAUGAAUAUGUAUGGAGAAUAAAAACCAACCAGGAUUUGAAUGGACUAUAUCAGAAUCCCACGCUAUUAGCAGAAAUAAAAAAGGGCGGGAACCUUAGAAUGAAUUCCAAUUGACACAGGAGUGAAGAGGGUGCACCACCAAAACCCGAGGUAAAUGACUCAAAGGCAGACCUAGGCUUAGAUGAUGGAUAAUGUGGAAAAAUAUCUAUAAUAGCUGGGAAUCCAAGCAUGGAAAAGAAAACCAUUAAUAUUGUUUUAUUUAUUAAUUAUUAAUCUUCUUUCAAUAUAAAUAUACAUUGUUUUAAAAAUUUUCGUAUUAAAUUUUAUUCAUAUUCCGUUUUAAGUGAAAUUUGAUAAGAUAGCUUUAUUAGUUUUGACAUACAUACCAAUAAUUUUAAAUUGAGGUUUGACAUGUCUUAAUGUUUAGCUGGGCCUAAAUCAUUGUCAUAUCUAGAAUAAUAAACUAAAUGACUAAACAGGAUAUAUUUGACAAAAAAAUUAGAAAGAUGUUGAUUCCCAAUAAUAAAUAAAUCUAUAGUUAAACUAGGAGAUUUUUUCCUCCAGAGCAGGAGUUCUUAACAUGUGGUCCACAGACCUGUUGGGGGUUCAGGAAAAUGUUCAGGGGUUUAGUGAUCUACAUUUCCUAUGCAAUUUUAUCGUAUGCAUUUAAAAUCUUUAUUUUAAAAAGUGGUCAGUGGUCUUCAACUGACAGGAAAAAAAGAGUCAUUUUGAAAAAAAAAGGUUUAAAAAAAAACAGAUCAAGAUGCUGCCCUGUUGCUUAACAGUUUGCUUGCUUUUCAAUACAACUUUUUACCCCAAAAUCAAUUUUUACCACAAAAUCAAUUUUUACAUAUUUAUGUGAUAUUUUUUAGCCAGAGACAUUUAUUUAUACUAAUAUAUAUAUAUAAAUAACUCCCCCUUUUUGUCUGUUCAGCUCUCAUUGCAGAACAGUUUCUUGAGCGCAGUGCUUCCCAGCUGACCUAUCACGGCCUCUGUGAGCUGUCAUCAGUUGUCAAAGAGAAAGAGCUGUGUGUGUUUUUCAGGAACAACCAUUUUAGUACACUUCAUAAGCAAAAUGUGAGUGCAUCCAUUAACCUCUUCUAAACUGAAAUGCGUAGUUCUCUUGGUUUUGAGUUACAUUUUGUGAGCCGGUGUUGUCAGUGCACAUCCACACAGGUAGAGAAAAUAUUUACUGGGAUAAUAUUUUGAGUAAGAUUAAAUGCAAGCACUCUACCAAAACGACUACACAAAAACUAAGAUGUUCCUGAUGUUAGAGGGUCCAGAUGAAACUUAAAUCAUUAUAUUUUUUUUUUAUUAAGUUAAGGGGGAGCUACUCUCUGCAGCCAAAGUGUAAACAAAAAUACUCCCUUUGUAUGAGAUAAUGCAUAUGUGUUUACUUCGAUACAAUCUUAAAGUAACUUUGGUUAUAAUAAGAAUUAAUCUAGAUGCCGUUGUAAUAAUUAGAAUUAAUCUAUUGGCCACUGUAAUAAUUAGAAUUAAUCUAGUGGCCGCUCAGAUCGAUAGAAUUAAUCUAGAGGCCACCGGAAUGAUUACAAUUAAUCUAGAGGCUGCUCUAUUAAUUAAAAUUAAUCUAGAGGCCCCUAAACAAAAGUAGAAUUAAUUAGAGGCCACUCUAAUAAUUAAAAUUAAUGUAGAGGCUGCUGUAAUAAGUAGAAUUUCUGGUAAGGGCAAUAACUCUUAGAGGGGGCUACAGUGAGAAUGUAAUGAGGUGGAAUGGGUGGCGUUGUAUAAUUAUAUCCCUCCAUUAGAUCCUUGAUAACAUUCAUUGGUACAGUUGGUCCAUUGUCUAAAAAAAUGUAAUUAGUUGUCUGCCUUGUAGCUGGAUCUUGUAGUUGUACUGAUGUCAGCUGAUGGCUCCAUCCAUAGAGCAAAUUUUUCCCCUUUAAAUUUCCUACUUGCUUUGAGUAACACUGAGAUCAUUCACAAUAUGAAAAAAAUAUUGAGUAUAAAAAAAAUUGCCAGCUAUUUAUUAAGUAUGAAAAGUAAAACUUAGAAUGAAAUUUUGUCACACAUAAAGUUUUCAAUUUAUUGAGAAUCAAAAUUUCUUUUUUUUUUGGUAAAGAUAAUUUUAUUUAUGUUUAAAAUGCUAUGUCAAAACAGUUAAACAUUGUUGGAUUAUAAUAAAUUGUGAAACCAUAAUUUAAAGGUUAGACACAUAUUUAAUUAAAGUUUAGAUUCAAAACUACCCAACAAUAAUAAGGGAGAUAAUUUGAGACAUGGAAAAUCAAUUAUAGUGACCAGCUUUAGAAAUCUAGGCAUUAAAACAAUCUUUUUGACAACACUGAGAAAAGGAUGGGUAGUUUGGUGAGUCAUGUUUUCUUAAGGUAUAUGACUGAUAUGUCCUGAUAUCAACUGAUAUUUCCUGAUAUCAACUGAUAUUUUCUGGCAUAUGUCAAUUAAAAAGUUUAAAAUGAUUUAAAGUUAAUUUCAGUGUUUCAUAAAAAUUAACUGGUAUGAUUACUUCUGUUUCUUAGCAUGAUUUCAUAGUGGGGUUUUUUCAGUUGUAUUUUUCAAUGGUGAUGUAGACAAAAUAUAUAUAUUUUUUUAAAAACAUUCAUUAUAAUAAAAUGCAUUUCAUUUCCAAUACAUGAUUUUCAUUUGUCAAAAUGACAACUUCUAACACAUGUACAUUAAUGUAUCCCAGGUGUUAAACACAAAACAAACAUAAGUGCAAGAUAAAUACUUUUACAAACAGAGCUUUUUUUGCAAAUCAGGGAGUACCUGCAUAUUGAAUUGAAAAGUAUUUAAGAAGAAAAUAAAGGAGGUCACAAUGACAAGUCUUAAUAUAUAAAACACAAACCUAAAAGUACAGCAACAUAUUUACUUGGGGGCUGUUCAUGUUGUUCAUCAUGAACUGAUGAGGCACAUGACGGGACUUCAGUGUACAGCUUCUCACCAUCCUCUCUUUGAUUUGAAUGCUAUGUUAUUGACAUUGUGUGAGUCAUUUACUGUCAGCCAUGUUUCGUCACAGUAUUUCAUUUUCCUAUUAUUCUCAACUAGAGCUUUAUCAUUACUUCACAAUCCAAAAAAAAUGUUCAUGUAAAUUGCAAAAUAAUACUUUUAUAUUUAAAAUUGUAUGAACCAAAAAUAAUUACAAACAAUAAUAUUCGUACAAUUUGUAAAAUGUGAUUGUUUAUGGCACCAGGUUCCUGUUUUUGAAACUUCAGGGGAAACGGACACUUUCUUGCUGUUUUGUUUCCUUCUCAUUUCAAUCUUAAACAUUGUUUAUCAAUCUUAAACAUUGUUUUGCCAAUCUUAAGCAUUGCCUCAUCAAUCUUAAACAUUGUUUCAUCAUACCUAUUUUUAAAUCCUUUAUUUUAACUUAGCUUUUGUGUGUUUAGAGCAAAAUCUUCUGAUGGCUAAUUGACCCACUUUCUAUCAAACCUAUCGAGCUGAAACUUGGCCAAUAGAUUUUUUGUGGGCGACAACACAUUCUAUCAAAUUUUCACCCACAACCCCAAAAAUCUGUUUUUCCUGUUUUUCAAGGGGAGGAGGAAGAAAAUAUGAUUCCACUGUUUAAAAAAUAAAAUUCCUGAUAACUGCGCUAGUCUGAAUGAGAUUCUUAAAGAAAAAUAUGGCAUCAGCGUUUGGUGCAUAAUAUUUUCUUUUGUUUUUAUGAAAUAGUUGGUGAAAUAAACCUGCAGUGUAAAAGCGGGUGCGUCAUUAUAAUAUUAAUAUAAAUUAAAAUAAGCAAGAAUGCAUAUAAAGCAUUUAUACGAAAAACUUUGUUUUUAGAGGUUCUUUAAUUAAUAAAUACUGGUAUAAAUCUCACUAAUGAAACUUUGAUGACCAAAAAAUUAACUUUCAUAUGUUGCCAGCCUUUAAAGAAAACAUACCCCCUGUAUUAGCCACUUUUAUAAUGAUUCAAUAUUUAUAAAUUAACAGAUUGAUUCCUCAGUACAAGGUUUUCUGUAAUGAAAUAUGAAGGUUAACGAAUUCACUCAUUUUGUGAAACAGUGAUUUAGUAGCAUGGACCAAAACAAUUCAAUUCUGUUUGAUAGAUUAAAUAGAGAAGAAAAUCUAUAUUUACUCAAGCAUCCCCUCCCACCAGCAUGGCAGCAUUCUUAAUGAAAUAGUAUUUCUGGCCAUUACAUUUAAUCAUGGGAACAGACUAACACACAGUACACACCAAUGAGGUUAGAGAAAAAAAAAUGAACAACAACAAAAAAAUGAGGUAUCUCAAGUGAGGGGCUUGUGCACUUACACCAACAGUGGUAGACAAGUCUCCUUAAAAAAAAAAAAAAAGGGAGCCCCCUUUUUCUAGUUAUGGCAUCUAGUGAUGUAGUUAUACAUCUGUUCUUAUCUUAUGCCAUUGCUUUAUAUAGGAGAGGAAGCGACUUAGCCACGAGAAUGUCAAUAUGGAAAAUAAACAAAUUAUGUUAGUUAAAUUUUAUGUAGGAUAAUCUCAUUUUCCAUGGAGUGGGGUGGGGGGGGGGGUAGUCCAUCAAUACUGUCUGUUAAGGCACAUUUUUAAAGAUUGAUUCUUUUAAUAAUAUAGUAUAAAAAUAAAAUUGUCGUGGGGGUAAGGGGUGUGUUAUCCAUGGAGUGGGGUGGGGGGGGGGUAGUCCAUCAAUACUGUCUGUUAAGGCACAUUUUUAAAGAUUGAUUCUUUUAAUAAUAUAGUAUAAAAAUAAAAUUGUCGUGGGGGUAAGGGGUGUGUUAUGGAAUAUGUAAGAGAGUGUGUUUCUUUCUUUCCUCAUUUGAACACUGUCAAUAAGAACCUAAAGAACAAAUUUGAGCAUUUUGUUUUAAAGAAAUGCCAUGAAAAGGAAACAAUGAACCAUGACCGCCGCCAGCACCGUAGGUCCUGUAGACAGGGCUUCUCUCAGGGCCGCGUUGUGGGGGUCAAAACUCUUCUUGUGUGGCGUGCUGUGGCUCACAGAGUCGUCCACCUUCACGGGGGUGGCUGCUGUGGAGGAGACCUCCUGAGUGACAUCCACCGUCAGUGUGGUGGUGGCCAGGAUGUCGACGGCGUAGGGUUGUUGGUGGGAAGGUCCAGUGAAAUCAUCAGCGGUUGCCAAGUUGCCUUUCUUGUUGGCUGAGUCAUUGUGGAGUUUGGUGCCGUCUGGGGCAAACGAGUUGGCUUCUGUGGACAUAUACAUGAGAAUGUCAUUUUGGAAAAUGUAGCUGAAGCAGCAUUUAAAAAUCAAAGGGAAUAUUUAACACUGUCUUGAUAACUAUUAGUGUUGGUCCAAUGACCUGGAAAAGACCCAUUACCCAUCACCACCCCUCCCCCCGUAAGUCUCUUUUAGGUCUCCCCCCCCCCCCCCCCCCCCUUCCCAAACAUGAAAGUGUUCAUUAUUACCCAAGUGUCUAUUUGACUAUUCAUAUAAUGGUUCAGUGCUGUUUCGUGGUCUUUGAGAGAUGGUCCAUACUUUGUGUCUUUCCUUUUCUCUCUUUAUGCCCUUUCAUUUCCACCCACACCCCCUUUUUUAUUUUACACCCCUAUCCCUCUUUUAAGAAAAAAAUGUAAGUUAGUACUUAAUAAAGUGCAGAACUGAAGCUGAUUGUUUUUAUUAAAACGUGGAAGUGGGGUCAUUUCGUUUACUCAUGGGCCAGUGUGGAAUUUAAAGAAAGUUAACUUGUAAAAAGCUUAAAAAUUUCCCAGUGCUCUACUAAAUAAAUAUUAAAUUGUCUUGAGUUGAGUCUCAAUAUGUUCCAUCACAAGCAUUUGAGGUGUCUGUUUUGGUUGUAAAUAUCAUGUUUAUAGUAGAAUAUGAUUACAUUUUAUUGUGUAGUAUAUCUAUUUUCCAGUAAAUGGAUAUUCCAGUGGUAUCAUUUUUGGAGUUUUAAACAAAAAUUUUAAUAUAUGUAUAUAUAUUAAAAUUUAUAUAUAUAUAUAUGCGUGAUUGCUUCUAUAGCAGUGUUUUCCAAACGUGAUUGUUUCUAUAGCAGUUUUUUCCAAAUGGGAUUGUUUCUAUAGCAGUUUUUUCUAAAUGGGAUUGUUUCUAUAGCAGUGUUUUUCAAACGGGAUUGUUUCUAUAGCAGUGUUUUCCAAACGGGGUAAUUUGAAGAUUAUUUUUUUGGUGGGGGUCGGGUGGGUUUGGGAUGGAUUUAGUCUCUAAUCAAUAGGAAAUGUAUUUAGGUAUCGAAAAGAGGGGCAGUAAUGCUGGACACGGCAACUUUGUAAAUUCACCACUGAUUAGGAUGUCAUACAAGGCAACUACACGAAGACAACAGAUCACGAACUUAACCUUACCAUUGAUUGUUGAGGUGGAGUCCAGCAGGCGACAAUUAAAAGGCUCGUUGGCAUACUUGCUCAGUAUGACACUGAACGCUGCGUUGGCUCCACCUUGGCAUCCAUCUAUUUUCGGUCUCAUGCAGUCCGAGUAGAGUUGGAGGGCCCUGUGGGGAAAUAACGGACAUGUAGUUUACGCCGUCAGUUGGAGGGGGUGGCAGAGGAAUUACCAGGAACUGAUGACUCGAGAAGGGAUAUUUUUUAAAUGUCCGGUUAAAGCAUGGUGACCAAAAGCCCCGUAAAAACGGGAUUGUCCCUUUUUUUCACGAUCGUACCGGCUGUCCCGAAAAAGUCUCUCAGGACUCCUAAAAAAUGCCCCGUUUCUAAAACCAAACACAUUUUCAAAUCACUAAAACUCCCUAAUUUAUAAUACAAGUAAUAUUUUGGCUAGCUGUGUAGCCAGUGCCAGUAUUGAUGUGGGCUCGCGUGAUGGCUGCUCUGUUCCCCCCCUCCACACCACUCUGCCGACGGUGCGUAAACGACAGUGAAAAAUUAUUGUUUUCGUUUAUGAUAUGCAUCAGAGUUUAAAUUAAAUUACGAAAGUGAAGACACAUUUUUAAAAAUGUUCAGGUCUCAAAAUAGUUAAAAUGAGCAGAUUUCAAUAAAGAGUUUCUGGCGGAUGCCCCCGGACCCCUUUUUUUCUGGAGGGUAACCCACCCCCCCCCCCCCCCCCCCCAAAAAAAAAAAAAAAAAAAAAAAUAAAAAACCAACCCCUCCUUCGGUGUGUCCCGUUUUUUCCAGUUCAUGAUUUGGUCACCCUAGGCUAAAGCAAACCUGGCAGAAUCCUCUCUGAUAUGGAAAGGCUCUAGACUCCGGCACGUGACUUAACCACGAGAAUGUACUGCUGCUUGUGGAUAUUAAAGACAGUAUAAAAUAACAAAACAUUCUUGAGAGCCACCCAGUGUCAAGUUCUGUUGUUUGGUUGGUCGAGCUGAUCUUAAUCCCCUGGCCCUCGGCGUUGGGCUCAUCAAAUGCAAGUGAGCAACGAUUUCUUGUCCCCGCUCGGCGGCCAUGGAUAUCAAAGAGAGCGCUUUUUAGUUUGCUUUUGUUUUUUUUUUAGGGGGGGGGGGAAGAUUGGGGAUGCAUUGUAAGACCUUGGCCAAUAUUGUCUUGAUCCUGGAAUGCAAACAAACGGCCAAACAACCCCCCCCCCUCUUUAAAAAAAAAUUUAAUUGAGCCAAGAAUGUGUGUAUUUUGUAGCGGUCUGUUACCGACUGACACAUUUCUUGACGUGUUUUUAACAAAAAAAAAUUGUUUCGGUAAAAUUGUAAAUGAACUGUUUAAACAAAAGUAUUUUAGCAUCGACAGUCGAUUUUUAAAUCCCACACGCAGUUAGCUGUGUUGUCUCCCGGAGUACGUGCUUGAGGUAUUUACUAUGCAGCUUUUACCUAGCCCCCUCCACCCCUAGUUGAUUGUGUUGUUUCCCUGAUUAUGUACUUGGGGUAUUUACUAUGCAUGUUUUACCGCGACCCCCGCCCCGAAAAAGUUAGCUGUGUUGUCUCCGAGAAAACGUGAUUGAGGUAUUUACUAUGCAUGUUUUACCCCGACCCCCGCCCCGAAAAAGUUAGUUGUGUUGUCUCCCGGAAUACAUGCUUGAGGUAUUUACUAUGCAGCGUUUACCUGCCCCCCCCCCCCCUUCUCAGAAAAUAUGCUUAACUUCGUUAAGGGUAUUUACUAUGCAUGUUUUACCCCGACCCCCGCCCCGAAAAAGUUAGUUGUGUUGUCCCCCGGAAUACAUGCUUGAGGUAUUUACUAUGCAGCGUUUACCUGCCCCCCCCCCCCCUUCUCAGAAAAUAUGCUUAACUUCGUUAGCGUCCAAUCCACCCGGCCAUUGACACACAGCUUAGGACAACCCUUAUAGAUUACAUUGAGCUACUCAACUGACCUGCAAAGCUCCGCCGUGCUGUUGGCUUGACUGGCCGAGGACAGCUGCUGCCUCUCUCCCUGGCAGGACGUCAUUGCUGUCAUGACGGAGGACUCACUACAACGGUCAUCUCCAUCCUCCGCUGCGGACACAAAAAAAAAACUGUUGUGCCUUUAACCGAUGACAUGAGCCUGUAACUGUCUGAUGGGAUGAGCCUGUAACUGUCUGAUGGGUCGAGCCUGUAACUGUCUGAUGGGUCCAGCCUGUAACUGUCUGAUGGGACGAUGGGAUGAGCCUCUAACUGUCUGAUGGGACGAGCCUGUAACUGUCUGAUGGGUCGAGCCUGUAACUGUCUGAUGGGAUGAGCCUGUAACUGUCUGAUGGGAUGAGCCUGUAACUGUCUGAUGGGUCGAGCCUGUAACUGUCUGAUGGGAUGAGCCUGUAACUGUCUGAUGGGACGAGCCUGUAACUGUCUGAUGGGACGAGCCUGUCACUGUCUGAUGGGAUGAGCCUGUAACUGUNCUGCCUCUCUCCCUGGCAGGACGUCAUUGCUGUCAUGACGGAGGACUCACUACAACGGUCAUCUCCAUCCUCCGCUGCGGACACACAAAAAAAACUGUUGUGCCUUUAACCGAUGACAUGAGCCUGUAACUGUCUGAUGGGAUGAGCCUGUAACUGUCUGAUGGGUCGAGCCUGUAACUGUCUGAUGGGUCGAGCCUGUAACUGUCUGAUGGGACGAUGGGAUGAGCCUCUAACUGUCUGAUGGGACGAGCCUGUAACUGUCUGAUGGGUCGAGCCUGUAACUGUCUGAUGGGAUGAGCCUGUAACUGUUACAUGGGACGAGCAUGUAACUAUCUGAUGGAUCGAGCCUGUAACUGUCUGAUGGGAUGAGCCUGUAACUGUCUGAUGGGUCGAGCCUGUAACUGUCUGAUGGGACGAGUCUGUAACUGUCUGAUGGGACGAUGGGAUGAGCCUCUAACUGUCUGAUGGGACGAGCCUGUAACUGUCUGAUGGGAGGAGCAUGUAACUGUCUGAUGGGAGUAGCAUGUAGCUGUCUGAUGGGAUGAGCCUGUAACUGUUAGAUGGGACGAGCAUGUAACUGUCUGAUGGGACGAGCCCGUAACUGUCUGAUGUGAUGAGCCUGUAACUGUCUGAUGUGAUGAGCCUGUAACUGAUGGGAUGAUCCUAUAACUGUCUGAUGUGAUGAGCCUAUGACUGUCUGCUGGGAUGCGCCUGUAACUGAUGGGAUGAUCCUAUAAUUGUCUGAUGUGAUGAGCCUGUAACUGAUGGGAUGAUGAGCCUAUAACUGUCUGAUAUGAUGAGCCUGUAACUGAUGGGAUGAUCCUAUAACUGUCUGAUGGGAUGAGCCUAUAACUGUCUGAUGUGAUGAGCCUGUAGCUAUCUGAUGUGAUGAGCUUGUAACUGAUGGGAUGAUCCUAUAACUCUCUGAUGGGAUGAGCCUAGCUGUCUGAUGUGAUGAGCCUGUAACUGAUGGGAUUAUCCUAUAACUCUCUGAUGGGAUGAGCCUUUAUAACUGUCUGCUGGGAAGAUCCUGUAAUUGAAGGGAUGAUCCUAUAACUAUAACUUCUGAUGUGAUGAGCCUGUAACUGAUGGGAUGAUCCUAUAACUGUCUGAUGUGAUGAGCCUAUAACUGUCUGAUGUGAUGAGCCUGUAACUGUCUGAUGUGAUGAGGCUGUAACUGUCUGAUGGGAUGAUCAUGUAAUUGAUGGGAUGAUCCUAUAAAUGUCUGAUGGGAUUAUCCUAUAAGUGUCUGAUGUGAUGAGCCUAUAACUGUCUGAUGUGAUGAACCUGUAACUGUCUGCUGGGAUGAUUCUGUAACUGAUGGGAUGAGCCUGUAAUUGAUGGGAUGAUCCUAUAACUCUCUGAUGGGAUGAGCCUAUAACUGUCUGCUGUGAUGAUCCUGUAAUUGAUGGGAUGAUCCUAUAACUUUCUGAUGUGAUGAGCCUGUAACUGAUGGGAUGAUCCUAUAACUGUCUGAUGUGAUGAUCCUGUAACUGAUUGGAUGAGCCUGUAAUUGAUGUGAUGAUCCUGUAACUGAUGGGAUGAUCCUAUAACUGUCUGAUGUGAUGAUUCUGUAACUGAUGGGAUGAGCCUGUAAUUGAUGGGAUGAUCCUAUAACUCUCUGAUGGGAUGAGCCUAUAACUGUCUGCUGUGAUGAUCCUGUAAUUGAUGGGAUGAGCCUAUAACUGUCUGAUGUGAUGAGCCUGUAACUGAUGGGAUGAGCCUAUAACAGUCUGAUGUGAUGAUCCUGUAACUGAUUGGAUGAGCCUGUAAUUGAUGUGAUGAUCCUGUAACUGAUGGGAUGAGCCUAUAACUGUCUGAUGGGAUGAGCCUAUAACUGUCUGAUGUGAUGAGCCUAUAACUGUCUGAUGUGAUGAGCCUAUAACUGUCUGAUGUGAUAAGCCUGUAACUGUCUGAUGUGAUGAGGCUGUAACUGAUGGGUUGAUCCUAUAAAUGUCUGAUGGGAUGAGCCUGUAACUUCCUGAUGUGAUGAUCAUGUAAUUGAUGGGAUGAUCCUAUAAAUGUCUGAUGGGAUUAUCCUAUAAGUGUCUGAUGUGAUGAGCCUAUAACUGUCCGAUGUGAUGAACCUGUAACUGUCUGCUGGGAUGAUCCUGUAACUGAUGGGAUGAGCCUGUAAUUUAUGGGAUGAGCCUAUAACUGUCUGAUGUGAUGAGCCUGUAACUGUCUACUGGGAUGAGCCUGUAACUGAUGGGAUGAGCCUGUAACUGUCUGCUGGGAUGAGCCUGUAACUGAUGGGAUGAGCCUGUAACUGUCUGAUCUGAUGAGCCUGUAACUGUUUGUUGGGAUGAGCCUGUAACUGAUGGGAUGAGCCUGUAAUUGAUGGGAGGAGCCUGUAAUUGAUGGGAUGAUCCUGUAACAGAUGGGAUGAGCCUAUAACUGUCUGAUGUGAUGAUCCUGUAACUGAUGGGUUGAGCCUAUAACUGUCUGAUGUGAUGAUUCUGUAACUGAUGGAAUGAGCCUGUAAUUGAUGUGAUGAUCCUGUAACUGAUGGGAUGAGCCUAUAACUGUCUGAUGUGAUGAUCCUGUAACUGAUGGGUUGAGCCUAUAACUGUCUGAUGUGAUGAUCCUGUAACUGAUGGAAUGAGCCUGUAAUUGAUGUGAUGAUCCUGUAACUGAUGGGUUGAGCCUAUAACUGUCUGAUGUGAUGAUUCUGUAACUGAUGGAAUGAGCCUGUAAUUGAUGUGAUGAUCCUGUAACUGAUGGGUUGAGCCUAUAACUGUCUGAUGUGAUGAUCCUGUAACUGAUGGGUUGAGCCUAUAACUGUCUGAUGUGAUGAUCCUGUAACUGAUGGGUUGAGCCUAUAACUGUCUGAUGUGAUGAUCCUGUAACUGAUGGAAUGAGCCUGUAAUUGAUGUGAUGAUCCUGUAACUGAUGGGAUGAGCCUAUAACUGUCUGAUGUGAUGAUCCUGUAACUGAUGGGUUGAGCCUAUAACUGUCUGAUGUGAUGAUUCUGUAACUGAUGGAAUGAGCCUGUAAUUGAUGUGAUGAUCCUGUAACUGAUGGGAUGAGCCUAUAACUGUCUGAUGUGAUGAUCCUGUAACUGAUGGGAUGAGCCUAUAACUGUCUGAUGUGAUGAUUCUGUAACUGAUGGAAUGAGCCUGUAAUUGAUGUGAUGAUCCUGUAACUGAUGGGAUGAGCCUAUAACUGUCUGAUGUGAUGAUCCUGUAACUGAUUGGAUGAGCCUGUAAUUGAUGUGAUGAUCCUGUAACUGAUGGGAUGAGCCUAUAACUGUCUGAUGUGAUGAGCCUGUAAAUGUCUGAUGGGAUGAGCCUGUAAAUGUCUGAUGGGAUGAGCCUGUAAAUGUCUGAUGAGAUUGGUUUCGCUUGUUUGUUUGUUGUUUUUUUUGAAUAAACCCCAAUAAGGUAACUAGGUAGAUAUUGUGGUCAAAAGACUUUUUACUUUUAAACGAUGGUGUAUAUUGUGGUCAGUGUGGGAAAAAUAAAUGGAGCUAGACGGUGAACUGUCCAACUCUACCACCAUUUAAAGGUAAUGCUUGAUACAUCCCUGUCUCUUAGAGACAAUAUUAUAGAUAAUCACCGUACUGCCCGACUUUGGGAAAUAGUACUCUAACUGAAUAUCCCAUGUCGGACUCGGAGCAAACAAAAGACAAUAUUAAUUUAUUAAUUAAUACAAUAAGUUGACACUACACGUUGAGACUACACGAUUCAGUUAGGAUUUAGAUCACAAAGGCGGAGUUGGGAAAGGAAAACUCGAUUCUUGAUUUGAGUAAAUACGCCGUCAGUAAUUCGGGGGGGGGGGGGGGGGGGGGUUUUUUUUUUUUUUUUUUUUUUAAAAUAUUACGACGAAAAAAAAAAAAAAAAAAAAAAAAAGAUUUAGAUCACAAAGGCGGAGUUGGGAAAGGAAAACUCGAUUCUUGAUUUGGGUAAAUACGCCGUCAGUAAUUCGGGGGGGGGGGGCAAUUUUUUUUUUUAUAUUGUAUGCAAAAUCUCAGCCGAAAACCAAAAAUAAAAUAAAAUAGUAAAUAGUACAAUAAUGAUCAGACCAUUUUUACUUUAUAAAACGAGUUUAAGAAAUGCCCCUAAUUAAUAAAACAGAUUUGCACAAGCUUAUAAUAUAGUAACAGAAUCUUUAAAGUAUGGCAACAAACAUGUUAAAGUUAGCCGUUAUUACAAAAUAAUUGAAGCUGAUAUAAUAUAUAAGUAUUGCAUAUUUCUAGUGUGGUAUUUGUUCCGGCACGUUUGAUCUACGUUUCCAGUGACGUCAUAGCAAGACGGAGAGCCGUAUUUAUUUCAAACCGAGCCCGGAUUUAGUUACUGUGACAGAUGAAAAUGUCUUUUCGCAAAAAAAUGUGUUGUUGAAAAUUGAAUCAAAAUGUUCAUUGCUUGCUCGGCAAUGUGUGUUUCUUUUGUAUAGAGUCAACAAAUGGGUUGUCUUGAUGAGGCCUGACUGGAAUCAAGCUUUGAGACAGUCGUCAGAGCUUUCAUUUUCAUUUAUGCCUAACUUGCCAUCUGCAAUGUUUGUUACAAAUAGAUCUAUUAUAAACAACAUGCGAGAUCGUCCUUCUGUGGGUGGUUAAGGCCGAAAGAUUCUGUGACUGGUUGUAGAUGCCGUUGAGCAAUGGUCACCAACUGCCGGUCGACGUCCUUCUGUGACUGGUUGUAGUUGCCGUUGAGCAAUGGUCACCAACUGCCGGUCGACGUCCUUCUGUGACUGGUUGUAGAUGCCGUUGAGCAAUGGUCACCAACUGCCGGUCGACGUCCUUCUCACGUUAUACUGUUCUAUAUUCAUCAAAAUUUGAAACUAUUUGCAGAUCUUCGUCAGCCAACCUUGUUUGCCACUGAGAUUUUCUUUUUGAAAAGCAUGCAUUUACAUCGUAGUGUGAACACGUCCUUAAGUUAUCCUUGCAAGGAUGUGUGUAGCUCUUUAAAUUAACAACGAAUAAAUAUCUUGGCUACAAACUCAUCGUCAGAAAAGUGUUGACACUUUUUAUUUUUGUAUUUUGUCUUUUGCUGCUGGGAAAAUAAUUUGAUAUCUUGGCGCAGGGUGAACUGUUUGGUACCUAAAAUGAAAAAAAAAAAAAAAAUUUUAUCGAUUUUUCUGCCGACCGCCAAAAUUUUAUUUAUUGCUGAGCACCAGUUGAUCAAAUCAUGUCUCCGAAUGAUUCUACGAAUCCGCUGGCCCAACGUCAUCACCAACGAGGAUCUCUGGCGGCGCACACAACAAGAACCAGUGGAAGCGUUAGUCUUGCCAGCGCAGAUAGAUCAGAAUUGGUCACACCCUCGGAAAGCCUACAUCCAGUACCACGAGACAAGCCCUCACUUGGAACCCCCAGGGCAAGAGAAAAAGAGGUCGACCCAAAAUAACUUGGAGAAGGGAACUGGAGGCAGGCACCAAAAAGAGUGGGCACCACUGGGGACAGCUGGAGAGACUGGCCCAAGACCGGGAUGCCUGGAGAGCCUUUGUUUGUGGCCUAUGCCCCAGAUGGGACGACAGGCGAUGAUGGUGAUGAUGACCAGUGGCCAGGGGACCAUCGGUUGGCGACCGCUGCGUUUUAACCUGUUUUAUAUUGAUCUGUUAACUCUUUAGUUUUGUUCAAAAAGAAAAUACAAAGUUCACUUGGAAGAGUGAGUUUAGGUCCGUCACAUUACGCAUGGCGAGGUAGUAUGACUUUCAUUUUGAUGAGGUUUUUUUAAUGUCAUAUACAAAGUCAGCCUUACCAAGAAUGAUUAUCUCUGCUGUCAAAUGGAAUGGCAGUCGUACCAAGCAUGAUUAUCUGUGCUGUCAAAUGGAAAGUCAGCCAUACCAAGCAUGAUUAUCUGUGCUGUCAAAUGGAAUGGCAGUCAUACCAAGCAGGAUUAUCUGUGCUGUCAAAUGAAAUGACAGUCGUACCCAGUAUGAUUAUCUGUGCUCUUCCUUACUUACUGUAAACCCUCUAGGUCAGUGGUUCUCAACCUUCCUUAUGCCACGACCCUUUAAUACAGCUACCAUUAUUGUGGCGACCCCCAACCACAUAUUUUUGUUCGUUGCUAUGUCAUAACUGUAGAUUACAUGUGUUUUCUGAUAGUCUUAGGCGACCCCCUAGGAAAAGGUCGUGCGACCCCCAAAGGGGUCGCUGGGUCGCGACCCACAUGUUGAGAACCGCUGCCCUAGGUUGACUCUUGUUGUUCUAUGAGUUUACUUUACAAAGCCGCCAAAACAAUAUCAAACCCAACUUUUGUGUUGUACCCAACAUUUCUAUUGUACCUAAUUGUAGCGAACUGUUCUGUUGUACCGGUACCUAGCAACAGUUUCGCUACCCAACAGUAUCGUACCAAACAUUGACUCUGAAGUCAUGAGAUUCUUACUUAACGAACCGUCAAAAGUAUUUUUAAGGCUCAUGCUAAUUAAAACUAAUGAAGAACACGAACGCUUUGUUUCAUUAACCCCCCCCCCCCCAAAAAAAAAAAAAACCCCCAAAAAAAAAAAAUGUCAAUUGCACUUUCAAAGAUAAAGCAUUGUACACAUUGUAGUUUAAAGAUGAGGCAUUGUACACAUUGUAGUUUAAAGAUGAGGCAUUGUACACAUUGUAGUUUAAAGAUGAGGCAUUGUACACAUUGUAGUUUAAAGAUAAGGCAUGUUACAUAUUGUAGUUUAAAGAUAAGGCAUUGUACACAUUGUAGUUUAAAGAUGAGGCAUUGUAAACAUUGUAGUUUAAAGAUAAGGCAUUGUACACAUUGUAGUUUAAAGAUAAGGCAUUGUACACUUUGUAGUUUAAAGAUAAGGCAUUGUACACAUUGUAGUUUAAAGAUAAGGCAUGGCACACAUUGUUGUUCAAAGUUGAGACAUUGUACACAAACCCUACCAACCCAAUAUUUACUUGACUAACGUUGAAGACCAACUGUCUCCUUAUCAUUUGUUACCAUCACUUGUUAGCAAUUCUCAUUUUUGCUUUCAAUGAGUUUUUAAACAAUGGACAUCGAGAUCUUACUUUGUGUUCACUACUUACCCACCAUACGUGUGCCCUACUCACCCACCUUACGUGUGCCCUACUCACCCACCUUACGUGUACCCUACUCACCCACCUUACGUGUGCCCUACUCACCCACCACACGUGUGCCCUACUCACCCACCUUACGUGUGCACUACUCACCCACCAUACGUGUGUUCUACUUACCCACCAUAGUGUGCACUACUCACCCACCUUACGUGUGCCCUGCUUACCCACCAUACGUGUGUCCUACUUACCCACCAUACGUGUGCACUACUCACCCCCCUUACGUGUGCCCUACUUACCCACCAUACGUGUGCACUACUCACCCACCUUACGUGUGCCCUACUUACCCACCAUACGUGUGCCCUACUCACCCACCAUACGUGUGCCCUACUUACCCACCAUUCGUGUGCACUACUCACCCACCAUACGUGUGCCCUACUUACCCACCUUACGUGUGCCCUACUUACCCACCAUUCGUGUGCACUACUCACCCACCUUACGUGUGCCCUACUUACCCACCUUACGUGUGCCCUACUCACCCACCAUACGUUCUACUGUUAUUCGCCAGACACUUUAAAGUGCCAAUCUGCUUUAUUUUCCACGGAAGAAAAAAGAAGCAGCUCAAAUUGCAUGAGUUUAAACCUAUGUGUAGCCACUUUUACCUAGCAUCUCAUUUAGGCCUACCUGUAACUGUUGUGGUCCACCCUGAUGCGACGAUACCCAACCAUAGCACGAUCACGUUUCCUUUCACUUUCAUUGCGUUAUAUUGGAACACCGCCGAGAACGUUCCAAUGGAAACCACAGAUCUCGAGUAAUUAUUGUACCGUUUAUCCUGAAGAAUUCACUUUAUUGUUUAACCGUCGGGACGCUUGUCGUUUAGUUUAACUCAAACACAUGCUUGGGGCGAAUGCCAAGAUGUCUGGCUCCCGAAUCUGACUGGUUUCAACACCAAGACGUUAAUAACCUCGGUUUGUUUAUCCUGAUGACUCCUGACCUGAAGACCUUUCCCCCCCGAGAAGCCACGCCGGUCAUUGGUCCGAGGAUGGGAGAGGGCUUUAUGUCCCCUGGCCAGCAUUCACUCCCUUCGACUUGAAUUAAGGCAAGCCAAUAGCCCGAACCAGGGGAUCUCCAAAAAAAAAAAAAGAUGGGGUGGGGGGCGUGUCAUUUGAGAUUGGACAACGGACAUUUCAGAACAGAAAGCAAGAAGUGUGGCGAAUAUUGCAAUACAUGGCAGGUCAUUGGUAGAUGACCCAUAACUAGAAGAGCUCACAAACUGUUUGUAUGAUGAUAACUAUUUGAAAAACCAAUGGGCUCGGAGCAGUUGGGGCCUUGCAGAACUAUCAGAUGUGAUCGGUUCAAUGUUUUAUUGAUCAACCGCCCAAUCGCAGUGUACGCUUGGGAUGGUGGAUGUUAGAUUAGGAUCAGGAGACUUUGUAAACCCAUGCUGAUUUAUUAAGAGAGAUUGGAGACACCCAAACACCUCCCCCCCCCUUUCCCCCCAACCCAGGAAUGUGCCAAGACUUACAAAUGAGUCUCCACAUGUACCGGUAUGUGUAAUGAUUGACAGCUUACAAUUGGAAUUACCGUGAAACGGCAGGGCAACUUCACGAUGACGAGAAACCCUGACCGAACCGAGCGCCGAUUGUCGAAAUGUUGGCGCUUUCUCUCCAAUGUUUGUCAGUUGCUGAGAGAUGAGGGCUGAGGUUUGGCUGGGGGGUCGACGGUCGAGGUAUUCUACGCCGACAGAUUUUGGGAAGACAAAAUGGCUAUUAUUGUUUGUUGACUCGGACGUUGCACAUUUUAAUGUCAUGGCUUGCUAUUUUGUUGUCGUCGGGUGAGACCCAUCCCCUUACAUCCCCCCCUCUCUCCCCCUCCCUUUUUGAAAAAAGGGGGGGGGUUCUUUACCCAUGAUUAGUUGAUGAUUGAACCAAUGGGUUGAUUUCAUGAAGUAAGGUUGAAUCUUAUAGUUGACAGAGAGCGGUUACUGUACUCUGAUUCAUUUAUUUGAAUAAAAAUGUUAUACUUACAGGCGAGACAGCUUUGAGAAAUGAAAGCGCAUCAUAUCAACCUAUGUCAUUAGACAGCUUUAAGAAAUGAUAAUGUUGCAUAAAAAAAGUUGGAUGGGACGAAAUCCAUCCCGUGCAGACAGAUUAAGUUUCUGGCCCUUUACUAUGGCCACAUGUAGUCAAUGUUCCUUAAUCCAUAAGACCCAAAAGAUGGUUUCGACUGCAAAAUUACAUUUUUUUUUCGGACCGAAAAAAGACUACAUCGCAUUUUGUUGCGACUUCUAUAUGAUAUUUGUUGGGCCCGCUAUAUGACAAUAAGUUGGAACCGCUGUAUGACAUUUAGUUGGGAACUGCUAUGAUUUAAUUUUUUUGGUAGGUGUGGGGCGACUACUAUAAGAAAUUUUUGGGACUGCUAGGACAUUUCUGUAAAUACUAUAUGACAUUUUUGGGGUUUGCUAUGACAUUUUUGUAAAUACUACAUGACAUUUUUGGGGUUUGCUAUGACAUUUUUGUAAAUACUACAUGAUAUUUUUGGGACUGCUAUGACAUUUUUGUAAAUACUACAUGACAUUUUUGUAAAUACUACAUGAUAUUUUUGGGACUGCUAUGACAUUUUUGUAAAUACUACAUGACAUUUUUGUAAAUACUACAUGAUAUUUUUGGGACUGCUAUGACAUUUUUGUAAAUACUACAUGAUAUUUUUGGGACUGCUAUGACAUUUUUGUAAAUACUACAUGAUAUUUUUGGGACUGCUAGGACAUUUUUUGGGACUGCUAUGACAUUUUUGUAAAUACUAAAUGACAUUUUGAGACUGCUAAAUGAACUUUUUGGGACUUCUAUUUUACUUUUUUGGAACUGCUAUAUGAAAUUUUGCUGGUACUGCUAUAUGACAUUUUUGUAUGUACUGCUGUAUGACAUUUUGUAUGUACUGCUCCGUGAUAUUUUGUAGGUACUGCUCCGUGAAAUUUUGUUGGUACUGCUCCGUGACAUUUUGUAGGUACUGCUCCGUGACAUUUUGUAAGUACUGCUCCGUGACAUUUUGUUGGUACUGCUGCUUGACAUUUUGUUGGUACUGCUCCGUGACAUUUUGUAGGUACUGCUCUGUGACAUUUUGUUGGUACUGCUCUGUGACUUAUUGUUGGGACUGCUCCGUGCGAUAUUUUGGUACCGCUUUUUAAAAUGUUGUUGCACAUCUUGUCAGGCGAAUACCGUGCAUGAAUUGUGGGACAUGUCAAGGACGAAGAUGGUUCCACUUGUUGCAGUAUUUGAACUGUUGAGUGUUACAAGUUUAGAUCAGAUGACAAUGUACGACUGAAUUUGUUGUUUUUUUAAAUUCUGGUCCUUUAUCGUCCGGCUUAGGCCCUUCAUCGCACUGCCUAGGCCCUUCAUCGCCCGGCUUAGGCCCUUCAUUGCCCGGCUUAGGCCCUUCAUUGCCCGGCUUAGGCCCUUCAUCGCCCGGCUUAGGCCCUUCAUCGCCAGCCUAGGCCCUUCUUCGCCAGCCUAGGCCCUUCAUCGCACUGCUUAGGCCCUUCAUCGCCCGGCUUAGGCCCUUCAUCGCCCGGCUUAGGCCCUUCAUCGCUCGGCUUAAGCCCUUCAUCGCCCGUCUUAGGCCCUUCAUCGUCCGUCUUAGGCCCUUCAUCGCCCGUCUUAGGCCCUUCAUCGCCCGGCCUAGGCCCUUCAUCGCCCGGCCUAGGCCCUUCAUCGCCCGACUUAGGCCCUUCAUCGCCCGGCCUAGGCCCUUCAUCGCCCGGCCUAGGCCCUUCAUCGCCCGUCUUAGGCCCUUCACCUCCCGGCUUGGGCCCUUCAUCGCCCGGCUUAGGCCCUUCAUCGCCCGGCUUAGGCCGUUCAUCCCACAGCUUAGGCCUGCGCCCUGCCGUACGUCAGUUUUGAAGCUCUUGUCAACUCUGAGAUUCCCGAUUUUCCUCGAGACAAAUCCUCGCAAAGAAAGCCAGGAAAGGCCCAGGGACCCUGUUGACUCUAAGGUGAAGCCUGGCAAACACGGCCCGGAGGGAAGCAAAUACGUUGGUCGUUUGUUCAGAAAGGAGAAACCAAACACGAACCAACGACGGUAGUGACCUCCUCGUCCCAAGUGGACAUGCUCCCUGUCAACAGCGUCAUCGCCAACGCGGUGGAGGCCUGGCGGAAAUGAACUAUUAGAUUCACACAGGUCCAUACGUGACUUGAUCUGACCUAAAAAAACAACAAAAAAACAACAAACAAUGAUUGUGAACUCUGAUUGUUGCGUGGUCUAAAACAGAGUUAGUCUUCCGUUGCUGAUUAAAGUUACUUUGAACGUCAGCAAUGAAUCUGUUAAUUAUGGCCAAGAAAAAAAAUGACCCGAAUUACACCUGGGGUAAUAAGAUUUCUUAAAGAAAUCUGGAUCUAUAAUUGUCGUUAGGCAAGUACUGUCCUACACAAUGUCUCGAAACCCACAAGGCUAAAACAUGGGCAGGUGAUCCAUGGCAGACUAAAACAUAGGCAGGUGAGGCGAUCCAUGGCAGGCUGUUCGUUCUUCAACUCCAAAUGUAUGCGACUACACUAUCGGUGUAAGGGAUUUCUGAGGAAGUGUGGGGGCUGUAAGGUCGGUGGCAAGCAGAAACCACACCCGGGACCAAGUCUGGAUUUAGGUGACCUCUUCCCAAACAUUAUACACAUUCAUACACGUGACCAUUGGGCGCCCUUUGAAGACGCACCCAGAGAGGCCCCCACUUUGCCCCCCCCCCCUUUUUUUUUUCACCUGGCUCUCAGCGCUACCACCACCCCCACUCUCCCUCCUCCUCCUCCCGGCUUUGUCUUAAGAUGACGUGUCUGAACAUGUGACUCCAAGCCGAGUGCAUAAAAUAACGUUGGGAUACAUGCACCAAAUAAUAGUUGACAAGGUUACGGAAUGUUUAUAAAAGAUAAGUUCGUAAUAUUUUCUUUCUAGGCUAAUUUUUUUUUUUAAUUUUGUAAGUUUAAUUUGCUUUGUACAUUUCUCAAAAAUCUAAACUUGAUUCGGAUGAGUUAGAGCUCGGUGUUCAGGGAAGACAAGGAGUCUUCAAGUAAAGUCAAGGUUAUAGGUCAGGUGUGAGAUAGGGAUGCGAGUAAAGGGAAUUUUUUUUUGUUUUUGUUUUUUGGGAGGGUGGGGGUAGAGAGAGGGGGCGGACAUGGCUGGCAAAAACAAAAGUAGGGAGGGGAGGGGGUUAGGUGUGUAUCGAGGGAAUGUUUUAAUCAAUUUUCUUCAAAUAACUUUUGUUUUUUGUGACCAAAAUAUGAAGGAUAUUUAUGUGCACACAUGUUCAAACUCUAUAUUUUCCCAGAAUGAAUUGUUCCAGUUGGUCACUGACCAGGGAUUCCUCACAGAGAGCAAUGUCGUCUGGGAGACCCUGUCUACAGUGGAUGGGGACUGCCACUUUACAGACGCGACCUUCAGGACCUACACCAAGCCUCCAGCUUCCAUAGAUCCCAUCCCAGAUCCCAGUGUUGCUGUGGGAAGUCCCGAACAGAUAGAUCACGAGUAAGUCACCUGGUGUACAUAGCUUAUACUGGUUUGCCUGCAAAGCUGUUUGAACUGACAGCAUACAUUAAUUGAACAAGUACCAAUACCACACUGAUAGCAGUAAUAAGAGCGUAGGCAAGUGUUCCAAAGCUGUUUGAACUGACAGCAUACAUUAAUUGAACAAGUACCAAUACCACACUGAUAGCAGUAAUAAGAGCGUAGGCAAGUGUUCCAAAGCUGUUUGAACUGACAGCAUACAUUAAUUGAACAAGUACCAAUACCACACUGAUAGCAGUAAUAAGAGCGUAGGCAAGUGUUCCAAAGCUGUUUGAACUGACAGCAUACAUUAAUUGAACAAAUACCAAUACCACACUGAUAGCAGUAAUAAGAGCGUAGGCAAGUGUUCCAAAGCUGUUUGAACUGACAGCAUACAUCAAUUGAACAAGUACCAAUACCACACUGAUAGCAGUAAUAAGAGCGGAGGCAAGUGUUCCAAAGCUCUUUGAACUGACAGCAUACAUCAAUUGAACAAGUACCAAUACCACACUGAUAGCAGUAAUAAGAGCGGAGGCAAGUGUUUAAAAAGCUGAAUUCAUUUUUUUUUAAUUUUUUUUUUUUAUGAGACUCUUAUUACUGCUAUUUGGGUGUGAGACUUAUUACUGUUAUUUGGGUGUGAGAAUCUUAUUACUGUUAUUUGGGUGUGAGACUCUUAUUACUGUUAUUUGGGUGUGAUACACUUAUUACUGUUAUUUGGGCGUGAGACUCUUAUUACUGUCAUUUGGCUGGGUUUUUAACAUCUCUAAGUUAGUCUCCUAAGUAGUAUAUAUGCUAGUCUCCAGACUAGUAUCUAUGUUAGUAUCUAGGGUAGUCUCUAAAAUAGUAUCUAGGCUACUAUCUAGAUUAGUAUCUAGGCUAGUAUCCUAACUAGUAUCUAGGCUAGUAUCUAGGUUAGUCUCUAGACUAGUAUCUAGAUUAGUAUCUAGACUAGUAUCUAGGCUAGUGUCGAGGCUAGUAUCUAGACUAGUAUCUAGACUAGUAUCUAGGCUAGUUUCUAGACUGGUAACUGGUUUUGUCAUAGUCCAUAUAUACCCUAUGUGAAACCCCCCCCCCCCCCCCCACUGUCUUUCUCUGGGUUUUGAGGUUUAUUGUCCUUCUCUUCUCCAAGUUACCAAGUGGCAUUAUUCCUGCAAGAAGAAGCCAGCUCGGCACUGAACCCCACUUGGGCAAGUGGAUUCCAACAGGAACCAACAGCCCCUUACACUCAGACAGAGUGAGUUGAAUAAUGCUUUGGCGAUGUCUCUGGGGUUCAGACAUUAAUCUUGGGGAUCGUGGAGGGAGGGGCUCAACAUAAGGUAGUGGGGGUGUCAACAUAAGGUGGUGGGGGUGUCAACAUAAGGCUGUGGGGUUGUCAACAUAAGGUUGUGGGGUUGUCAACAUAAGGUGGUGGGGUUGUUAACAUAAGGUGGUGGGGUGCCAACAUAAGGUGGUGGGGGUGUCAACAUAAGGAAGUGGGGGUGUCAACAUAAGGUGGUGGGGUUGUCAACAUAAGGUGGUGGGGUUGUCAACAUAAGGUGGUGGGGUGUCAACAUAAUGUGGUGGGUGUGUCAACAUAAGGUGGUGGGUGUGUCAACAUAAGGUUGUGGGGGUGUCAACAUAAGGUGGUGGGGUUGUCAACAUAAGGUGGCGUGUGUGUCAACAUAAGGUUGUGGGGGUGUCAACAUAAGGUGGUGGGGGUGUCAACAUAAGGUAGUGGGGGUGUCAACAUAGGGUGUUGGAUGUGCCAUGAUUAAAUGUGUGGUGUUGAUGUACCACAUGCUUGAAAUAAUGUAUCCGGCUCAGAUGUAUUUCGUGAGAAUAUUUGCUCCUUGAUGGGUCCUGAAUCAAUGUUCCGCUCCCCCUCCCCCUUGCCAAGUUAUGGUUUGAAUCUCAGAAGCCAAAAUUAUUGUUGUUAAAUAGAGCUGUGAUUUUACAGCUAAACUUACAAAGUAAAUGACUAAUAGUUAUAAUGAAAUUUUGAAGCCAAGAUGAAUCAAUCAAAAUGUCACAAAAAGUAGUCUUUAGAAAAAUACUAAUAAAUAACUUAACUUUAUAGGAAAUAAAGUAACGAUGAAAGUUAUAAAAUCUUUAUAUGAAAGAAAUACAAUAGCAGUAAAAGAAAUUCUGUGAUAAUGUUCUAUUUAGACAAGAACUUGCAAAAUAAUGGGGAUCAUGUUGGAACGAUUGCUUUGCUAUAUACUUAAGUAGUUUUAUUGAAAAUGUUCUAAAGACAACGAUAUGAUAGGAUGACUGGCAUUAAGUUUGUCUCAUCCAGAAAUAGAACAACUUUUUACAACCUGAUUUCUUAAGGCUCACAUGGCCUCAUCUUUUACUGCCCUCACCUGUUACUAUCCUUAUUUAAUACUACCCACAUCCAUUUCUGCCCACUUCCCUGACUGCCCACAUCUCUUACUGCACACAUCUUUAACUGCCCACAUUUCUUACUGCCCACAUCUUUCACUGCCCACAUCUUUAACUGCCCAAAUCUCUUAAUGCCAAUAUCUUUAACUGCCCACAUCUCUUAGUGCCCACAUCUUUAACUGCCCACUUCUCUUAAUACCCAAAUAUCUUAAUGCCCACAUCUUUAACUUCCCAAUUCUCUUACUGCUCAUAUCACUCAUUACCAACAUCUCUUACUGCCCACAUUUUUAACUGACCACAUCUCAUACUGCCUACAUCUGAAUACCCUCAUCAUCUUCUGCCCUCAUCCUUCUAUUCUGGUAUACUUGUCAUCACUUGUGUUUUGUCUGUUCACAUCUAGUCAUGACCUGGCCAUGCGACUGCAAGAAGAAGAGGACAGACGAGAACGAGCAGAACAACAGCAGCGGCCACAACAAGCAUCUGCUCCACAGCCAAGUCAUGGUCGUGUUCCACCAGUGGACCCCCA